AUGCCCACAGCAACCUCCACCUCCUUAUCCAGCUUCCCUGACAUCAGACCAGGUGGUGUUAAACCCCAUGUUGAAAGGCACCAGCUUUUACUAGAAGCCACUGGAAUUCAUCCAAUUUGGGAGUUUGGAGGAGGUCCACAUUAUGUAAAGGAUCAUUUACCUGAAGUUCAUCAGCACACUUCCUAUAUAGGAGAAAAGCGUCCAGUGUUAGAAAAAACUGGAGAUCUUAAAUAUUUAUGGCGGCCUGCCUCAAACAGAAGCUGGCCAGCAAAAUAUAAACAUGAGUAUGUCGGUGGAGUUGGUUGGGGAAUACAAGACUAUAAUUUCAUCAACAAAUCCAGACGAGAGAGCGGCUUUCAUAUCAAGCGUGGAGAACUAACACUUGAAGCUAUUAAUAAAGUAAACCAUAGAUAUCAAAACCCAUGGCAACCCAAGCCGUUUAUCCUGGAUAAGCAAGGAAGACAUGGUCGUGGUUUUAUUGCCUGGAAUAUGAGUGAUUACGAAGACUCCAAUCAGAGAAAUUCCAAUCGGGCUCUUAUGGUUAGGCAGAGUAAAUCACCAUUACCAAGAGUUUCCAAGCCUUCCAGGUUGCCAAAGCUACCAGAAAAGGAAGAGGUAUGA